UAAUUCAUAAGAUCUGAAGGGUCACCUUUGUUGUGUGCGGUGUUAGACUGCAGAAACUGAGAUGACCUUAAGUCCUUUCCCUCCCUGUGACCUGAGUUAUGGUAUCAGGAGCCUAGGAGGAGAGCAUGGGUGGGGCACCUGGUGGUUCAAAUGUGGGACAGUUCCUUUGGUAUCCAGGUCAGGGCUGGAUAGACAAUGGAAGCCUAGGUGUUUUCUCCAGGAGUUGGCGGAGGAGUGGAGCUUUUCACCACCCCAGCAGUUAAUCUUAACAAAAGUAAGUGCUGACCCAUAUCAAGGACUUAGAACAUCAUUAUCUCACCUACCCCUAGCCACAUGUGUUGAACAGACAACUCAGUGAGGGGACUUGUGACCAAUAUGCCACCAUUCUGCCAUAGGUGUCAUGGUGCACUCUGGGAAAGGGGCUGAGUGGGGCUUAUAGCCCAGGCUGCUGGAGUCAGAGGACACAGCCUUUCCUAGGUCUUGCCUGGUAUGUCAUAGGCCCUCAGAGCAUUAUGAAGUGUGUCUGUGGGACUAGACAUAGAAUUAAUAGAGGCCUUCCCUUCCGUCUUUUAGAGGACCAAGCAAAGGUCUUGGUAUCAGGGUUCUGGACUAUCGGUCCACUUAUGUUCCCUGCACGGUAGCCUCCAUCCCUGACCUUUCUGUAUCUUGUGUUUAUUAAAGCCCUAUUAACCCCUUUGGCUCUUGACACAUGAAGUUCUCCCCUGUGAUACAUCCCUCUUGACAGAGAAAACUCUUACUCAUCCUUUGAAACUCACUUCUCAGGAAACUUCAGAGUCACGCAUGUCAGUGAAAUCUGCCUGUGUUGAUGUUUUCAGGUAGCACAUCAUGAGAGCAGACAGUGUGACAGCUUUACAUGCCUGGAUCCUGUUGUUCCCCAACGACCCUCUGUGGUUGGCAUUAUUGUUACCUCAUUUCGACAGUGAGGCAGUUGAGGGCUAUGAGAAGUUGGGAACUUGCCCAGAUGUUCAGCCACACUGAUGAUGGUUUGGGAGAAUUAACAUCGCUUGGAAUGCAGAUACCAGCUAGACCUUGCUUCCUGGGUGUGUGAUGGGAACACACGGUGCUUGCCUGAGUUUUUUGGAAACACACGAAACGGCCCCCACAUCUGCAUAUUCCUCUCCAGCACGGAGUCUCGGGGACACAGGAAUCACACCUCUGUCCCCUUCCCAUAUCUUGAACGAUACUGACCCCGUCUCGGAGCAGCAGACCUUUCUUGUGGUGGUGGCCAUCGACUUUGGGACUACGUCCAGUGGCUAUGCCUACAGCUUUACCAAGGAGCCAGAAUGUAUCCAUGUGAUGCGGAGAUGGGAAGGAGGCGACCCUGGUGUUUCCAACCAGAAGACCCCGACCACCAUCUUGCUGACACCAGAGAGGAAGUUCCACAGCUUUGGGUAUGCUGCCAGGGACUUCUACCAUGACCUGGACCCCAAUGAGGCCAAGCAAUGGCUAUACUUGGAGAAGUUCAAGAUGAAACUCCACACCACAGGGGACCUCACCAUGGACACAGACCUGACAGCAGCAAAUGGCAAGAAAGUCAAAGCUCUUGAGAUCUUCGCUUAUGCCUUGCAGUACUUCAAGGAGCAGGCUCUGAAGGAGCUGAGUGACCAGGCAGGGUCGGACUUUGAGAACUCUGACGUCAGAUGGGUCAUCACAGUGCCGGCCAUCUGGAAGCAACCAGCCAAGCAGUUCAUGAGAGAAGCUGCCUACCAGGCAGGCCUGGCCUCCCCCGAGAACUCGGAGCAGCUCAUCAUUGCCUUGGAGCCCGAGGCCGCCUCCAUCUACUGCCGGAAGCUGCGGCUGCACCAGAUGAUUGAGCUCAGCAGCAAGGCGGUGGUCAAUGGGUACAGCGCCAGUGACACAGUAGGAGCGGGGUUUGCACAGGCAAAGGAACAUGUUCGACGUAACCGGCAGAGUCGGACCUUUUUGGUGGAGAAUGUCAUAGGAGAAAUCUGGUCUGAGCUGGAGGAAGGGGACAAGUACGUGGUUGUUGACAGUGGUGGAGGCACGGUAGACCUGACUGUCCAUCAGAUACGGUUACCAGAGGGGCACCUCAAGGAGCUGUACAAAGCAACAGGUGGACCGUACGGAUCCCUGGGAGUAGAUUAUGAAUUUGAAAAACUGCUUUGUAAAAUAUUUGGAGAGGAUUUCAUCGAACAGUUUAAGAUCAAACGCCCAGCAGCCUGGGUUGACCUAAUGAUUGCCUUUGAGUCUCGCAAAAGAGCCGCUGCACCGGAUCGAACCAAUCCCCUGAACAUCACUCUGCCCUUCUCCUUCAUUGACUACUACAAGAAGUUCCGGGGCCACAGUGUGGAGCAUGCUUUGAGGAAGAGCAAUGUGGACUUUGUGAAGUGGUCCUCCCAGGGCAUGCUGAGGAUGAGCCCGGAUGCCAUGAAUGCCCUCUUCAAGCCGACCAUUGACAGCAUCAUCGAGCACCUCCGCGACCUGUUUCAGAAGCCUGAGGUAUCCACAGUCAAGUUCCUCUUCCUGGUGGGUGGCUUCGCAGAAGCGCCCCUUUUGCAGCAGGCGGUGCAGGCUGCCUUUGGUGACAAAUGCAGGAUCAUCAUCCCCCAGGAUGUGGGCCUCACCAUCCUCAAGGGUGCGGUCCUCUUUGGCCUGGACCCUGCGGUUAUCAAGGUACGCCGGUCCCCUCUCACCUACGGAGUGGGUGUGCUGAACCGCUACGUGGAAGGGAAGCACCCUCCCGAGAAGCUGCUGGUAAAGGAUGGCACGCGUUGGUGUACCGACGUCUUUGACAAGUUCAUCUCUGCUGAGCAGUCUGUGGCCCUGGGUGAGCUGGUCAAGCGUAGCUACACUCCAGCCAAGCCUUCCCAGCUGGUCAUCAUCAUCAACAUCUACAGCUCCGAGCACGACAAUGUCUGCUUCAUCACUGACCCAGGGGUGAAAAAGUGUGGCACGCUCCGCUUGGAUCUCACAGGGACUAGUGGCACAGCCGUCCCUGCCCGCAGAGAAAUCCAGACCCUUAUGCAAUUUGGGGACACUGAAAUCAAGGCCACAGCCGUCGACAUAGCCACUUCAAAGAGUGUCAAAGUGGGGAUCGACUUCUUAAAUUACUAAUGUAACUGUCCCUCCGGGCCACCAGUCCCCUGGGACUCAUCUGCAUUUGCUGA